CGCCUUCAGUGCAGAGUCCCCUUCGCUGGAAACUAGGCAGGCUUUUAUUCCCCCUCCUCUUCUUUGCCAGCCACUUUGAGGCUUUCUCACAUCUUCCUGGCCUCCGCUGUCCAGCUCUCAGGACCCAAUCUAACUUGCUUAAGCCUUGCCCUGCCAUGCCCUCGGGAAGUGUGCCCAUCACUUUGCUGCUCCUGGCCCAAGUGGGCUUGUCGAUCAGCCUGGAGGCCAUCCAGUGCCCACCUUGCUCUGAGGAGAAGCUGGCCAGAUGCAGGGCACCUUCGGGAUGCGAGGAGCUGGUCCAGGAGCCCGGCUGUGGCUGCUGUGCCACUUGCGCCCUGGCGAAAGGCAUGCUUUGUGGGGUCUAUACCCCACGCUGUGGGUCCGGCCUGCGGUGUUACCCACCGCGGGGCAUGGAGAAGCCCUUGCAUACGCUUAUGCAUGGCCAAGGGGUGUGCAUGGAGCUGGCUGAAGUGGAAGCCAUCCAGGAGAGCAUCCAGUCCACAGAACUGGAGGAAGUUGAACUCCCGCAACCCAACAACUUCAGCCCCUGCAGCAGCCAUGACAGAAAAUGCCUCCAGAAGCAGCAAGCAAGAGCACGUGAAAGGAUAAACAAUGGUGUCAAGAUGAGGAACAGUGGGAUCCUACCUGUCCGGGAGGAGACACGACCAGUGGUCCAAGGCUCAUGUCAAAGUGAACUUCAGAGAGCACUGGAGAGGUUAGCAGCAUCCCAAACCCGAACCCAUGAGGAUCUGUUCCUAAUCCCCAUCCCCAACUGUGAUCGCAAUGGGAACUUUCACCCCAAACAGUGUCACCCAGCUUUGGAUGGGCAACGAGGAAAAUGUUGGUGUGUGGAUCGGAAAACUGGAGUCAAGUUGCCAGGAAGUGUGGAGAUGAAGGGAGAUCUGGAUUGCCAUCAACCUGCAGAUGCCGUGCAGGAAUGACGGGGCUGAAGAGAAGUGGACACUGAGGCUUUCCUUGAUGAACUGUCAAGGAAACAAAUGGUGCUGUUUGACGAGCAGAUGGAAUGCAAACUGGGGAUAUCACCAUGACACUUAUUUUUUUGUUCCCUGAGAUGGGAAUUUUAACAGCAGUAAUAUCAGCACACAUCCCUAUACAAACUUUAACUGCAUUAAUCAAAACUUGUGGCUCAACCAGCCUUCAACUCUGGUAUAUAAUUUGGUAUCUAUGUAGACUUUGGAGAUUACAUGAUAACUGAUAACAAAACUUUCAUACACACACAAUCUGCAAGCUUUAAAUAAUCUGAUGGGCCGAAAGAGGGUUUCCCCAAGUAAAUCUGCUUUUGCUUUCAGCACAAGACACAGCAGAAUUGUGUAUUCUUUAAGGGUUUUUUUUUGCUGAGGGGAAACGAAAAAGAGGAAUAGAUGACAGGUGUGUUCUUCCUCACCCUUUUGUGGGGCUUCACACAACAAAAACCAAAUAGGCUCAACAAUGCCGAACCCUUCCCUAUCCUAGUGUACUCUGUUGUUUUGGGGAUAAGGGAUAGAUUAAACCAAGGAUGGGCAAAAACAGCAUAAUUGAAAUCCAGAGCUGGAGCACUGUGCAUUGUGCAGGCCUGGAACAUGUGAAGCAAUAAGAGUGAUUUCUGAACAUGUAAAUAAUAGUGUAUGCCCCAGAGCAAAGAAACAAAAACAAAUAGUCUUGGGUUUCACUUUUCUGGAUUAGGAUGCACGUUUUACAGUCAAAUGAAUGAAUGGAAUACUUCCAAACUGCCUGUCCGCCCAGCCUCUUGGUCUUCAUUGAAAGGACUGGCUUGGCUUGGAUUUGUUUUUAAAUUAAGAAAAAGAUAAAUGGAAUGGAUGUACCAGCAGCAGCGACAUUCAUACCCAAGACUAGGCUAUUAUAAGUAAAUUUCAGAAUCACAAUUUUUGUUAAAAGAAAACUUUAAAAAAUGCUUGUGUAUAAUCUGCAGAAAAUUGUAUCCCACUCCAAACGGUGGGGAAUUCACUUUAGUGUUGGGUACAAUUGGGUGUACAUUUUUUAAAAAGAAAAGGUAUUUUCUUGAGCUUCGGAUUGUGAUGAUGGAUUUGAAAAUGUGAGCACAGCAGAUAUUUCAGAAGCUAGGUGCGGGAUGUUACCAAGAUUUUAAUGGCUGGAAUGUUAGCACUUUGUCCCUCCCCAUAAUCUGCAGCAUUAAAUAAAACAAGAAAAGUAUAUGCAGAAAUGGCUUAAUUGGUUUUCUUUAUAUACAAGGCGGGGGUUAACUCUGUCCAGCAUAUAGAUUUGCUUUCCCUGCAACCCAAAUAAGGAGUAAUAUUUGGGUUAGGCAUAGUUCCAAGCCAGCCAAGAACCUAAAAAACUUGAGGCCAUAAACAUACUAACCUUUUUUUUUUAUCAUAUCAGAAGCGACUUGAGAACAUACUGCAAGUCGCUUCUGGUGUGAGAGAAUCGACUCUCUGCAGAGACGUUGCCCAGGGGAUGCCCGGAUAUGUUGGGAGGCUCCUUUCAUGUCCGUGCAAGCUAGAGCUGACAAACAGGAGCUCAUCCCGUCAUAUGGAUUCAAACCGGCAACCUUCAUAGAAUCAUAGAGUUGGAAGAGACCCUGUGGGCCAUCCAGCCCAACCCCCUGCCGAGAAGCAGGAAAAUCACAUUCAAAGCACCCCCAAUAGGUGGCCACCCAGCCUCUCCUUAAAAGCCUCCAAAGAAGGAGCCUUCACCACACUCCAGGGCAGAGAACAGCUCUCACUGUCAGGAAGUUCUUCCUAAUGUUCAGGUGGAAUCUCCUUUCUGUAGUUUGAAGCCAUUGUUCUGUGUCCUAAUCUCCAGGGCAGCAGAAAACAAGCUUGCUUUCUCCUCCCUAAAGAUUGGGUCAGCAACCAGUCAACAGUCCAGCCGGCACGAGUAUUUAAUCCAUUGCACCACUGCGGCUCCUAACAUACUGUUUUUGGCUCAAAGCAUCCAGUCCAGCAUACAGAAGGAAAGCUAGCUUUCCCCCAGUAUACAACCUUUGAGAAUAUUUAAGCAUUCUAGUUAUAUGAAUAUGAAGGGCAGCCGCAUCAGGCACAAAUUGCCAUAGGCAUAUAGUGAAAUGGUUCCCAUUGGCCUUUGGAAUCCUAUUUCAAGAUCAGGCCACGCAUGGCAGGUAUAGGGGCCAAUUUUCUUUCCUUCUGGAGGUGCAUGGCUUGCCAAAAAUCAAACAUAUCAAACUUUUGGAUUCAGGAGUUCUCUCUUUAGCACAAUGUCAGAAAGAUCAUAGACCCCUUUUACAUUGCAAUAUAAAAUCCAGAUUACCUGCAGUGUAGAGUUAUACAAUCCAUCUGAAAGCAAAUAACGUAGAUUAUCAGUUUUGAUUAUCUGGAUUAUAUGGCAGUGUAGAAGUUUCCAUCAAGAAGGAGCUUUAACAAUUGUGGAUCUAUUUUCUUGACCACUCGUAGUAUGCUGUAUGAAACUGGAGUCACAGCUUGAUUAGAAGAGUUAUGGCUCAAUUACUUCAUGUGAAACUGUGGCCCCAUUUACACUUCCAUCUAAAAUCAAGAUUAUCUGUUUGAACUGGAUUAUAUGGCAGUGUAGACUCAGUUCAAAGCAGAUAAUUUGGGUUGUCUGCUUUGAUAAUCUGGAUUAUUUGGCAGCCUGUGGGUACCAGAAAAUCACCAGCUUUCCCAUAAAAUAAGAAUUACCCUCAUGUUAAAAGGGGGUAUAUAUCUUAACUAACACCCUCCUCUCUCAAGCAGAAUGUUAAUGCAGAAUUUCCUUUUUUUUAAAGCCUGUUAUUAUUCCUAUAAUAGGGACAAUAUAAUAUGCAAUAGCAAAACAAAAAUAUGUCCCAUGAUAGCAACAAAGGCUUAGCAACAGAAAAUAUUUGAAAAUAAAAAGGGCAAACAACAAAUGGAAAAGGAACAAAAAAGACAAGAAACGCUAAACAAUUUAUCCAAAGAAGGGCAGAAGAUCAAAUUUUAUCUUUAAACUUUUUCUUGCUCCAAGAAUUUGGCUGGCUCUAGCAAGACAAGGAGAGGUGGGGGAAGUAUAUUUUUCCCUUCUCAUUCUGGCCUUUAAAUUUUCUCAAUUUGUUUGAAGGGGAGAGGUUUGAUUAUGUAUGAUCAUGAAAUUUCAACCCAAAACUGUUAACGCUAUAAUUGAAUGGGAAAUCACCAAUGAAUCCCAGGUGCGGUAGGCUCUUAGGAAUUGACAAAACCAUAUCUAUUCCUUGUCCAAGAAAAUCCUAUGAAAUUCAUGGGUCGCCAUAAGAUGACAGGCAACUUGAAGGCACAUACACAAAGAUUACCAUAAAAAGCUGAGAAACUUUUAGAGAAGAUGUGCAGGAAUCAGGAGGAACAUUUAAUGCAAUGCAUUUUUUUUUUUGGAUGAAGAUAGGAAAGUACCACCCAUUGUGGGCCAUCAAUUCUAUCUGCUCCUAGAGCACAUUGUGAGAUGCUUUUUUUUUUCCAUGUCAGGAGCGAAACUGCAAGUCACUUCUGGUGUGAGAGAAUUGGCCAUCUGCAAGGACGUUGCCCAGGGGACGCCCAGAUGUUUUGAUGUUUUUACCAUCCUAGUGGGAGGCUUCUCUCAUGUCCCCGCAUGAAGCUGGAGCUGAUAGAGGGAGCUCAUCUGCGCUCUCCCUGGGUUGGAUUUGAACCUGGCAGCCUUCAGGUUAGCAACCUAACUUUCAAAUCACAAGGCUUUAACCCACUUCACCAUCUGGGAGUGAAGCCCAUUGAACUCAAUAGAGUUUACUUAUAUAGAAAUGCACUGGCAGCCUUAAACACUUUUGUACACCAGCACAACAUACAGCAGUUAUUCAUGUUAAUGAAAUACAGUGUUAACAUGUCUGUUAAUGAGACACAUGGUUCCCAUCUCAUAGGAUUCAGCUAAUGGUAUGGUCUAUGUAUAAUCUAUAUUUCUGGGCGGCGACUGUUUUCUUCCUUGCAGACCUUCACACACAGUAUCAAAAUAUUGUUGUAAUGUGUUUUAUUGCUCUCUUGAUUUUAAAAAAAGAGUUUAAAAUAUUAUGAUUCCUGUACUUUGUGUAACAUGAACAUUUCUUGGAAAAGCUGUUUACAAAUGAUCACAUGCUCUCAGCUCAGAGGAAGGCAAGCGCAACCCCCUCUGAACAAUUUCUGCCAAGGAAACACUGUGAUUGGUUCCAUUUAUGGUCCCCAUAAGUUAGAGGUGAGGUGAAGGCAUACAAUAAUAGCAACAAAACACAUGAGUUUUUUUUUAAUGUUCAAUGUGCAAAAACAGUUGGAAAAGUUUCUGUAAGAACUGUUUCACAGCAGACUGCCUUGGAAGGUAGUGGACUUCCCUUCUCAUAAUAGUAUUACUACAGAUUUUUUAAAAAAAUCUCCCACCCUAGACAUCUGUGGAAUGUCCAGGGUGGGAGAAAGAACUCUUGUCUGUUGGAGGGAAGUGCAAAUGUUGCAAUUGGCCACUUUGAUGAACACUGAAUGGCUGUGCAGUGUCAAAGUCUGCAAGAAUCAGUAAGGACACAAUCAGGGCCAGCUAACACCUCCCAACAAAGGAUUCCCCCCAACAAGAAUCAGCCAGGCUUUGAAGCUGCAAGGCCAUUCAGUGCUAAUCAAGGUGGCCAGUUGCAACAGUCACACUUGCAUCAAACAGACACGCAUUCUUUCUCCUAGCCUGGACAUCCCACAGAUAAAUACAUCUCAUUUGCGUAGUUUCCAACAGACCUCACAACCUCUGAGGAUGCCUGUCAUAGAUGUGGGCAAAAUGUCAGGAGGGAAUGCUUCUGGAACAUGGUCAUACAGCUCAGAAAACUCACAGCAACCCAGUGAUUCCGGCUAUGAAAGCCUUCAACAACACAUUGAUAAGACUGUCUCCAACUGCCAAAUUGAAGGGCUGUGUCUGCCUGCUGCCUCUAACCAUUUGGGCUGGCCAUAAAAGAUCCAUUGAAAUAUUUCCAUGUGGAAAAGAGGAAAACAGACUCUAAUAUCAGCCAAGUCUGUGUAUUUGGGGAGCGUAAUGAACAGGAUCCUAACAAGCAGUGAGAAAGAAUUUAAAAGUUUCCUGUUGCAUUUCUCAGGAUAAUUCCCCCUCUGGAAGAAAUACAAUGAGAUAUUUCCUUCCAGUACAAGUAGGAUCCUCAGAUAAAGGCGUUUUCUUAGGAUUGCAGCAAUGGGAGAAAAAGAUAACCUUCCCAUGCUUACAAAGGCGGCUCCUGCAAGCAGGGAUCAGAAGUGGAGAAUCAAAGGGGCCGGUCCUACCAUUAGGAUUAAAGAUGUUGGGGCAUUAGCAACUAUUGCUCUAAGUUCCCUGUCUUUUCCUCUCUUUAGUUAUGGUGUCCUCCACCCCGAAAACAUAGCCUAUGGCUUUUGGGUGUGGUGGAAGAACAGUGCCGGGGUUAAAAUAAGACUGAAACAUUGACUUUGUUAUGUUGUAUGUGUGCACACCAAAGAAAUUGCGUCCUUUGUCUCACAUGGUUCAAUAUUGUACUGGGAAUAACUAGGCAAAAGGAGAGAGAGAGUAUAGCUAAUGCUGCAUAUUGCUAGAAACUACGGUCCAGUAAUACCUUACAGGCCACAUGAUUUCCACCUUUAUGUUAACAUGUUUCAUUUUCCUUUGGGACAUUUUAGUUCAGAAAGACUAAGGCUGAUUCUACAUUGUACAAUUAAUGCAGUGUUGCACAAUUUUAACUACCAUGGUUUAAUGCUAAGGAAUCACGGGAGUUGUAGUUUGUUGACUCACCAACAUUCUUUCCCAGAGGAACUUUCUUGUCAAACUAAAGCUUCCACGAUUCCAUAGCACUGAGCCAUGGUAGUUCAAGACACACUCAAAAUAAUUCCCGUUCAGAGAUAGCUGGUGCAAUGGGGAAGGGGAAGAGAAGACUAAGGAAACUAAAGUUGCUUUUUGGAUAAUUUUUUAAAACCUGCAUUAAGAAUGUCUGUUUGCUUCCACUUCUGCUCUGCUUGUAUAUUUGUAAAUAAAGCAAAUGCUAAAAAGAAA